AAGCAAAGCAAUCAUGGUAAUCAUAUCAUUCUCAGUGUAUAGUUUUUAAUUUUUUUUUUACUCUUAUUUCUUCUUCUACAUUGCAAGAGAAUAAACUAAAAGUGGGUGGAAAUAUUUGAUAAGGUGUCGCGACGCUUUGCCUUUUUGUCUAAUCUCGUGUGAUAGUGUAUCCUGUGUGUAUGCGUAACUAAACGAAUUGUAUAUAUGAUCAUGAGACGUGUAUUAAAAGGUUAGUCGUAAAUUUUAAGACAACAAUGCACAACAGUGAAAGUCCGUUAUAGGUAUAUAUAUUGUGUUUGGAAUUUGCACGCGAAGGUUGCAAUUUCCAUAGAUUCCUUUUUCUAAAUCGUUCACAUGUAGUUUUGAUUUUUUGAAAAUCACAACUUCAUUUUAAUGUAUUUAUCAAAUAAAACGCAUCGGAAAUUGCACGGCGAAUAAUUGUAACGAAAAAAAAACGCAAAUCGUGACGAUCGAUGCUUGUGGAAACAUGAAACGAGAUGUUCAUCACGACGAAUCCUUCGGUGCUUGUCGCAUUUUUAAUAGUUAUUAAUUUUUUAACAUUGUGAUUGUCUUUUUAUCUAAAAUCAAUAAGCAAUUGGAUGCGGAUAUGCGAUAAAUGGACAUCAGUUUUUAGCAGUCCUAUCAGUAAAUCAAACUGACAAUGGCAGACGAUGAGGGAACAGAAUGGCUACAAGAGCUUUUACGCGAUGUACAGCUUAGUCAAUUUUUCACUAGAAUUCGCGAUGAUUUACAAGUAACGCGUUUACAUCAUUUUGAUUAUGUACAACCGGAGGAUUUGGAGAAAAUUGGUUUGGGAAAACCUGGCGUUCGACGAUUAUUGGAUGCUGUGAAAAAGAAACGCGCUGCCCAAUGGAAAAAGACAUUAAUAACAAAAAUUAAGCCGGGAAGUAGUGGAAAAAAUAAUAAACGAAAUUCACAACCUGCCGAGACAUCUUCUGUAUUAACGUGUCUUAUUCAAGAUAAAGAUGUGACUCUAUCGAUUAAAUUGGGAGACGGUAGUUUUGGUGUUGUUAGAAGAGGCGAAUGGACAUCACCAUCAGGACGAACGUUACCCGUGGCUGUUAAAGUUUUAAAAGCAGAUGCACUCACUCAACCAAAUGUUAUAGAGGAUUUUGUCUCUGAAGUGCAAUCAAUGCACAAUUUAGAUCAUCAAAAUCUUAUUAGGUUAUAUGGAGUUGUUUUAUCUCAACCAAUGAUGAUGGUAACUGAAUUGGCACCAUUGGGUGCCUUAUUGGACUAUUUGCGUAAGCAAUGUAGCCAUAUUUCAGUAAAUACUCUAUGUAAUUAUGCCCUGCAAGUCGCUACUGGAAUGGCAUAUCUCGAAGCAAAACGUUUUCUUCAUCGAGAUUUGGCCUGCAGAAACGUUCUACUCAGUUCCGUUGAUAAAGUGAAAAUUGGUGAUUUUGGAUUGAUGAGAGCGCUACCACAACAAGAAGACUGUUACGUUAUGACAGAACAUAAGAAAGUUCCAUUUCCAUGGUGUGCGCCUGAAUCAUUAAAAGCACGACAAUUUAGUCACGCCUCUGAUGUAUGGAUGUUUGGUGUAACUCUCUGGGAGAUGUUGACAUUUGGCGAAGAGCCUUGGGUCGGUUUAAAUGGCUCAGAAAUUUUACGAAAAAUUGAUCGCGAAGGUGAAAGACUUUAUGAGCCCGAGGCAAGUCCACCGGCAAUGUAUCAAUUGAUGCUUCGAUGUUGGGCACGUGAUCCACUCGAGAGACCUAGUUUCACAUCUUUAAGAGAAUCCCUAACUGGUAUGGUACCAUCGAUAAUGAAGGCGCUAAAUAGAUUUGAAGAGACAGAUAAAAUGUCCAUUGAGACUGGCGAUCAUAUUGUAAUAAUUGAUGGUAGACCGGAAAAUUAUUGGUGGAAGGGACAAAAUCAAAGAACGUUUAAUGUUGGUUUCUUUCCACGUUGUCUUGUUGAUCCAAUGAGACGUAAACAACCGGAAGAUAUUAGUAAACCAUUGGAGAAUUCUUUUAUUCAUACGGGACAUGGUGCACCAUUUGGAAAAAGUUGGGGUAGUCCAAUUUUCAUUGACGAUGUUUAUUUGAGAAAUCCCAUGGAACCACCCGACGUCGUUGGUACAACAUCGAUAGAUCCAUCGAAGAAAAAAUUCACUCCCACCGGCACGCCACGUUCGCGUAAACAAUUUAAUUAUACAAAAUUUCAAAAUGAUCUGAGAUCUAGUCCAAUAAAAACGGUGGCAAAAGUUCCAUUACCCAGCACUAGUCAGGAAGGAAGUCUAAUAGAUCUUUCGCCGGAGGAACUUGCAAAUGCUGUUGCGCUCACUUCAACGCAAUCGGACACAGCUUGUCGAAGGGUUGUUAAUAUUCUUGAUGAACCAAUUGAUGUUGAGGGAGGACAACAACAACAACAACAACAACAACAACAAGAUUAUUGGCAAGAUGAUGAUCCAACUUAUGCCAAUGUUAAUGAAAAUGGAGAACAUCAAUCGGAUUCUCAGUCCGAUCCUUUUGAUACAUCGAGAGUUUUUGACAAUUCAACACAGUCUCGAUACUACAGUGAUGUGACGCCUGAUAUUGCUAGUCAUUAUCUUAAAGCUUCACAACAACAAUAUAGUAAUGUUCGGACUGAAGAUGCGUCUGGACCAAGUAGUGCUUCUUAUCAAUACAACGGAGAUAUUAACCAUCUUAAUUUAAACAAGGACAUUAAAAGUGAUAGUAUGAAUCUUAAUGUCAAUGUUGACAACGAGAGAAGCGAUUAUAAUGGAGAACAUUACAGUGAAAUUGAUAAGGUCAGUCCAUCUUCAACAAAUUGGCCAGAAGAUUUGGAGAGUAAUGCUCAAACCUACGUGAAUGUAUCAAGUGUUCCAGCUGCAUCAGGACCACCUCCAUUGCCUCCUGCAAUUGGUCCCAAUGAAAGUCCCCCUAAACCAAAGUCAAAUGUUGACCUUGCACAAAGUAUGAAAGAAUUAACAAUUGAUACCAAAUCGCAAACAUCGACUAAGAAAUUAGAUCCAGCAUUUCUUGCUGAAUUAGAAAAACAUCUUGGUGAAAAGGAAGCAUCAAAAAAUACAAAUGCAACACUACAACAUCAACAGCAAUCAGCCGUUUGUUUACCUUUCAACAGCGUUCACAAAACCGCAGACAAUUCAACUAUUCCAAUAUUAAGACCGCCACCACAACCGGCAAAAUCAAAAUCACCCCACGAUCCACGUGCCGUUGUAAAUAUAACAAAUAAAGUUCAAAAUUCCUGGCAAUCAAAAAGUACAAAUAUUCAAAGACCCAGAAGUCAAUUGGGACAGGCGAAUAGUCAAAUGUUGGAAAGUACAACUGACGCAAUUGUCAGUCAAAUGUGGCAAACACAAACAAGCAUACAACAAACACAAACAAUGCAAAUAUCAUUUCAAAGUAGUUCAAAUCUUUUACAAAUAGCACCCAGUAAUUUGCAACAAGCUCCAAGUAAUUUACAAAAUGAUCAAACUUCAUUAUUAUCACAAAAUCAAAAUUAUUUUCAACAACAAACAUUUACAUUGCCAGUACAAAAUUCAACAAUUAGUCAAAAUGUCAUUCAAGUACAAAACGAUUUACAGCAUUCCUCACCAAGAAUUGUCAAUUCUUUACCACGAUCCGUAUCACAAUCUGGUGCUGUAUUAUCGGAACAAGUUUACGCUGAAUUAAAGCAAACAGUACCAAAUUUAGAACAAUUAUCACAAAGUGAAUUCAAUACUCUCUAUAAUAAAACAGUUCAACAAAAUAUUUUACGUAAUUAUCAAUCAAACAAUGGCACUUGUAAUAAUGCUUGCGUUUCAAGUACAAAUUAUAAUUGCCAACAACAAAUGUCAAUGGCUAUUGCAAACACAUUGCAAUCAAAUACACGACAAGGUCACACAUUACCAAGAUCAUUUAAACAAGAAAAUCCCUAUGAUUUUAGUCCAAGUUUAAAGCAACCACCUGUUUAUAAUCCACCACCCGCAUGGUCACCAUUGAAACCAGUUCAAAAUGGAUCUAACGCAAAUCAGAUGACAAAAUCAAAUACAAAUGUGUGCGCCAAUCAAUCGAAUUUAAUACAAUUCACACCACCAACGAGAGUUGUACAAUCACCUUCUACCUCUCAUCAUCAUCAUCAUCAGCAGCAGCAGCAUUCUACUUCUUCGACUGCUCGAAGUUUAUUACCUCAAUUAAAUGAGACGACAAUUAAUACACAAUUGGUUCCUUCAACGUCGGCUUAUCCAUCUGGUAUUAGUCCACCUUUGAGUGGUGCUUCAAAACAAUUGGUAAUGUCAUUGAAUGAUGAAUUUAGAGCAAGCAAAGUUAUGAAAGUUCAAAGAGAAGUUGCCGAUGCAUCGCAACAGGAAGUUCUUGCGGCACUUCAAGCAACUGGAUGGGAUACAGCUCAAGCCGCCAAACAAAUUAGUAAAGAUAGACAAGCGAAAGUCGAUUCUCUUUUGCGAUUGGCACUGGCAGAUAGGCAACAAUGCGAAGGUGCGCUGAAACAGACUGAAUAUGAUGUAGAAUUAGCAGCUUCUCUUCUAUUGGAUCGUGCAAGGUAAAGAUUAAUCUUUGAACAACAACAAGUAACUCAAAGUGCCGAAGUUGAUAAAAAUCUAACAAUUCAAAGCCCUGGUUGUAAGUAUAUAAUGUAUUUAAAUAACAAAUUCAAAUUCUUUUCAAGCGUUUAUAUUAUUAUUUUCAUUUACAUGAAUGAAAAUUGAGUUGAAAAUUUUCAACAAUUAUUUUAAAAGCCUUGCAUUAUUAAAUAUUCUAUAAAAAGCGACCAAAAAAGAAGGACAAAAGAAAAGCUUUUAGAAAAUCAAUAAUUAUUAUCAGUUUUCAAGUUUAUUUUGAAAAUAUUCUGAAAAAUAAAAAAUAAUUUUUAUCGCAAUUUUGAAGUAAAUUAAAAAAAUAAUGUAAGAAGAAAAACAAACGUGUUAAAUAAAUAAAACUAGUUAGGUGAAGAUUAAAGUAUUACUAUGUACUUUAUAUUACUAAAGUAUAGGAAAGUUCAGAAUUAUUAAAAAUUUCAAUUAAGUAAUAUUGAAAGUUACAGGCAUGUAGAAUAAAAUUAGUCUCAUUUUUUUAUAAUUGAAAAAAAUGAAAAUAUAUAUUGUAUUAAGUUGUGCUCUCGACGAGUAUUUCUAUUGAAAAUGACUGAAGUGUAUUUAGUGGAAAAAAAAAAUUGUUGCACAGUUCUUGGAUAAGAGGGUUUUUCGUUACAUUUUUUUUUCUAUACGAUGAAUCUCGAUAUGAAAACAUUUUGUUACAUUUGUUUUUAUUCUUUUUAAGCUUUCGAGAGUGUUGAAGAUUUUAGAAUUGUUGCUUUGUUUCUCUUUGAAAUUUCUUUUUGUUUCUUUCGUUUUACUUUUUUUUUUUUUAAAUGACAAUUUUGAAAAAAGGAAAGUAUGCCCAUUUUUUGCUUUCUGCAAUUUUUUUUCCAUUUUUCAAAUAAAACUUUUAGAACUAACAAAAAUUGUUACUAUUUUUUAUUUUGUUUCUUUUUUUCUAAAAAAAACAUUAUUUUACCUACUUUUAUUUUGAAUUUUUACUUGAUAAAUUCGAGUAAUUUUUUUCGUUGAACUCUCUUAACGAUUUUUUAAUGUUUCUUUCAAUGAAAAAAAUAAAUUAAAUUUGCGUUUAAUUUAUAUAGGUUAUAAAAUUUUCUAAAUUUUUUUUUUUUUUUUUUUUUGAAAUGAGAAAAAUUUGACAAGGCAUAAAAAUGUGUGACAUUCUUUUUAAUAAAGUAUAAAAAGGGUGCAUUAAAAAUCGAAUCAAUAGACAUUUGUAUAGAUUAACAGGGUGUUCUUAGAAGUUAAAGCAAAAAAAAAAAAUCCUAUCUAAGAAUAAAUUAAUCGUAUGUGCGCCAUUGUUAAAAAAUUUUUUUUUUUUUUGUCGGCAAAGAUUGGGAAUCAAAUACUGUGAUAUAUGCUAUAUAUACUAAAGGCACUAGGCGCUAAUAUAGCGAGAGAUAAAUAUUAGUGUUUUGAUCUUUCGUGAGGUACAGUGAUAAUUACGAAAAAAAUAAUGCGAAAUUGUACAGUAGCGACGGUGUAAAUGUAUGUCUUGAGAGACAAUAUUUAUGUUUCCGUGCGGCAUGUAAAUAGAACAAAUCUAGCAUAAUAUUUAAAAAUUAAAAAAUUAAAUACUCUGUACAUUAAUUUGUGCGCUUUUAUGAGGUGUGUAGAACAAUCUGUCAAGAUAAUAAAUUAAGUCAUCCAGUGUGUUAGCGAUUAAAAUCUUGUUCAUGUUUCCAAUUUAGAGAGAGAGAGAGAGAGAGAGAGAGAAAAUUUUUGUUCUCUAAAAAAUUCGCUUCUUUAGUUUUAAGGUUUUCAAUAAUUAAUUGGAGUAAAAUAACCAAUUAUUAGCAAGUUUAAGAAACAACAACGAAAAAAAUGACGCUAGAAUUCAGUUUUUAAUCAAAAUGUUUAAAAAAUUUAGUUUGUUUCAAAAUUAAAUUUAAAUACUGAAUUUUUUUAAAAUUAUUUCUUUAUUUCGAAUGGAUAAUAAUUGGUUUUUUUGAUCUCCUACCUUGAUUUUCUUUGUUAUUUUAUUAUUAUUUUUUUUGUAUUUUAACUUUUAAAUUGUAUUUCGUAAAAUUAGGAUCAAAGUGCAUACAUGAGACUGAUUGCUCGUGUCUUCCGUUGUUUAAGGAAACAGUGCAACAAAAUAUUGAUAUUCAAUUCCUAAAAAGUCAGAUUUGUCAAAGCGCUUUCAUGACUUUUAAUAAUAAUGUGUAAGAAAAUCGAGAGAUUAUUUCUCGUUUGUAUUCUCAAUUUAUAUUGUUUCAACAUAUUAUUUACAUUUAAACAUUUGAAAUGAGAUUUAAUUUUCGUUAAAGAAAAUCAAGGGAUUAUUUCAAAUUGAAAUUCAUAAUUUUUUUUUACGCUUAGGAAAGAAUGGUUAAGUUGAUUUUUCUAAAAAAUAAAAAAAAAAUGAAGUAUUCAGUCGAACAAUUUAUUAAAAUUGAUCUAGGAAUAAGGGAAAAAUUUGCCAAGUUGCUUGAUUAGAAUUUUCUUAUUCCUAGACGUGAUUUUUAAUUAUAAAUUUAGUUCCUAAUAUUGUCGUUACUUUUUUUUCAAUAUUUCAAUUGAAAAAGAAAUCUUCAAUUUUGUAGACGAAAUUUAAAAAAAAAAUUACAUCUCAGUUGAUUUAGUUUGCUAAAAAUAUGAUUUUAAAAAAAUGUUUCUUAAAAUAGAUUUCUAUUUGAAAAGCGAAAUUAGAAUUGAAAAUUUUACCUACGAUCUUAAAAAAUUAAAAACAUUCUCUGCGGCUACUAUUUUUGAAAAAAUCACAAUUCAUAAAUUCAUAAAAUUAGAUUUUUCUUUACAAAAUUUCAAGAAAAUUUAAAUUAAAAUUGAAUUUUUCACGAAUUGUAGCCAAAGAACGUGCUUAAAGUAAAUUUUCUUGAAACACAAUAUUGAUAGUUGAUCGAUUUUCAUCGAAUUCUGACAAUAAAUAAAUAUGCACAUACAUUCCUGCUCCUUGCAAAUGCAGGAGAAAAAGGAAAGGCUCCAGGCAAUAUAGAGUGUGCCCUUUACAAUUUGACCUUUCCUACAAUCGUACAUCUGUGAUCUUCUUUCAUUAUAUACGACCUUCAUUGAUAGAAAAUUAUGAGUAUAGACUUCUUAAUAUCAGAGAAAAAAGUCAGAUUCGCAAUUUUAAAUAAAUAACAAAAAUAGAAAAACUUUUUUUUUUAAACUAUAAUGUCUGCAUUUAAAAUUAAUUUCAAAAAUGGAUUUAUCAAUUUCUGUUUUUUUUCUAAAUUUAAAACAAUAAAUUUGAUGUAAAAAUUAUUUAAAUUCAUUUAAAACAAUUUUUUAAAGUAUGACUACAAAAUACAUUUUUUAGAUUUUUUUCAUUAUAAGCUAAUAUUAUCAGAAUUGGAGAAAAUCAAUCAAUUAAUCAGUAUGGGAUAAUAAUAUAUCCCAUAUAUAAUAUAAUUAUAUAUGGGAUAAUUAUUAUUAAUAAAUGUUAAUUAAUUUUGGAAAAUUUAUACGAGCCUUAACCAAACAAAAUUUCAUAAUAGUCUUGUCGAAUCACGUCAAAUGUUGCGUUAUAUGUGUACAUUUACUUGCGUAUGAAUGUUGUAAUAAAAGAAAUAAAUAUAAGCAAUAUACUCGUUA